UCACUUCCUCUUUCCUCCUCCUUCUCAACAGCUCAGCAUCACUUCCUGGCUUAGCAUUGUCUUCAAAGUUAGAGCAGAGGGCAGGACCUGGACUUUCCAAGAAUUCAAAUUACCAUGGAAACCCAAUACUCCAGCGAUCCCAGGACCAGUUGUGGGCUUGGAAACCAAGACCACAGAGCUUCGCAACUGAGACUUGUCUUAGUGGGUAAAACUGGAGCAGGAAAAAGUGCCACAGGGAACAGCAUCCUUGGAAAGAAGGAGUUUCCUUCUGGCAUUUCGGCAAAAUCCAUCACCAAGUUCUGUAAGAAAGAAAAAACUGCCUGGAAGGGGAGAGAAGUUGUUGUCGUGGAUACGCCUGGCGUUUUUGACACCGACGUACAGGAUGCUGACACUCAAAGGGAGAUUGCUCGCUGCAUGGCCCUGACCUCCCCGGGGCCUCACGCUCUGCUCCUCGUGGUCCCGCUGGGCCGUUACACGCUGGAAGAGCACGAAGCCACGGAGAAGAUCCUGAACUUGUUUGGAGAGAGAGCUAGAAAACACAUGAUUCUCUUAUUUACCCGGAAGGAUGACUUGGAUGGCACUGAUUUCCACGAUUACUUAAAGGAAGCUCCAGAAGGCAUUCGAAAGCUGAUGGGCAAGUUCGAAAAUCGCUACUGUGUGUUCAACAACAAGGCGACAGGAGCUGAGCAGGAGAACCAGAGGGAGCAGCUGCUGGCCAUGGUCGAGCACUUGGUCGUGAAGUGUGGAGGAUGCUACACUAAUGAAAUUUAUCAAAAGGCCGAGGUGCAAAUUCAGAAACAAAUCCAAAUCUACAUAGCAGAGCUAGAGAGAGAGAAAGUGCAGAUGAGAGAGAAGUAUGAAAAGGAAAUCAGAGAGCUGAAGGAUGAGCUGGAGCGCGGGAAGCAAAUGGCACAAAUGAGGAGGGAAUUGGAAGAAAGGGAAAGUUUCUGUGCUUUAAGGCAGCAAAAUGCCAGAGAUGAAGUUGAGGAUCAGGAUGUGAUACUUGAAUUCAUCUUAUUAGCGUGGAAGGUUGCUUCCUUUCUUUUCUCUGUGUUUUGGGAAUAAACAUUAAGAUUAAACUCAAUGAAAAUCUGUCUGUAUUUCCUGCAUAUUUUUGGGUGGCCCUGCCCCAUAGAACUCAGUCACCGAAAUCAAAGCACCCUUCCUUUUCUGGCUCUCAGGCUCUCAGGACUAAGGAGCACAGUAAAGUUCACUGUUGGCAAUUGGUAGAUAGCUUGAUUGGUUUACAGGGGAAGGCCAAAUUCUCAGUUUGUGAAACUCCAAAGCAGAAGUACUGAUGCUCCUUAACUUUGAAUUCUUUCUCAGAGGCACAGAGAAAAGGAAUGCAGGUGACCAAAAGAGAUGACCCCAAGCUUUCUCUGCUUAUCCCUAGUAAAAGUUUCCACUCUAGGUUCUUUCUAGAUUGGUAGGUAAUCUCCCUGCUGUGCCUUCUUCUGACUUACUUUGCCCUUCAGACCAGUGAUCAUUUUACCCCUAUAGCUUAUUAGAAAGAUCAAUUCUUUGCAUUUGUUAAGCUUAUGGAUGGAGGUGCUUAGGGAAUUAUUUCUAGAUGAAUGGAAAUUUGUUUACUUACGGUUUUACAGAAGGGCUCAAAUUGUUUCUUACCAUCUGCCCGUUGAUGAGCAAACAGUUAUCUGGAAAGAACUCAACUAAGGAUAAUGUCAGAAAGAGUGAAAGGCAGAGAUUGAACAGAGAUCGAACAACGUAUAUGGGGUGGUUCAGAUGUUAUCUGUAGAAACUCCUUCACCAAUAUAAACCAAUCUACUCAAUACCCAGUUCUCUCCCUGUGACGUUAACUGCUGCUACCCCACCUCCAUCACCCACACCUUGAUUACUCACUGCUUGGCGGGUUGUGGGCCCACUGCUGCCCUACCCAGUUGAAUUGUUUGCUUAUCGUUAUUAUAAUAAAAGCCUUCUGUUCGCUCAUA